AUGUGCCCAACUUGUAAGAGUAAAGUUCCUCGUGCUGGGGACAAUUCUAAUACACCGGUAAAGUGUCAGGAUGUUGGAGAUAAUAAUCCCGUCUACAAAGACAUUGACAUAGGCCUAGAAAUACGCAUGUUACGUAAUGAGCUCAGUGAAAUGCGCAAUGAGCUGAAGGAUAUCAGGGACAAUUUCGCCAUGUUAAGGGAUACAAUGCUCGUGUGUAAUAAAAAUUUGGAAGAAAUUGACACUAGGGUCACCAAGUUGGAGAACCGAAUGGAAGAACGUGAGCACAAAUGUAAGUCCAUGGAGCUUGAGAACACAAUAGCAGAACUAAGGAUCCAACUAAGCGAGAGGGAUCAGGAUCUAUUAGCCAAUGACUUAGAAAUCCCAGGUCUACCGGAACAAAAAGGGGGAAGUAGCCAUUAA